AUGGGUGCAAAUAAAACAAAAAUAAAUAAAACUGUACUCAAUCAGUUGGUUGUUCAUACAAAUCGCUCGCCAGCGGAAAUAAAAGCUAUGUAUGCUAUUUUUUGUCGACAUUUUCCUACUGGGAAUAUAGAAUCACCUCAAGAUCUUUGUCGAUGCCUUCAAAAAUUUUCACUUCUACCUAUCGAAUAUACAGAUCAGAAAGCUUUCGACCGACUUUAUCGAUUAUUUGAUAUACAAAAUCGAAAUCAGAAACAGGAUGGUAGCAUUGACUUUUUUAAUUUUAUGAUUGUUUCACAUAUUCUCGAACGUGGCCCACCAAUGGAAAAAAUCAGUUUAUAUUUUCAUUCGUUUGAUGUAAAUAAUGAUCAAAUAAUAACACGAGAUGAUCUAGAAGCAUGUUUACCACCAACAGUUGAAUCUCGACAAUUAAUUCAACAAUUACUUCGACAAUGGGAUAUGAAUAGAGAUGGUGUCGUUAGUCUAGAUGAUUUUCAACAAUUCAUCAUGAAUAAUCCAGACUUAUUGCCAAUGUUUACUGAUGCUAGAGAAAGAGUUCGAAUGAAUAGUAUUACUGCUGAAUCUAUAACAGAUAAUAAUCAAUCUGCAGACGUAUACAAUAUUAAUCAUGGAACGUUUUCUAAAUCUCAAUAG